AUGGUUUCCGAGGAACUGCUGGAGCAGUGUCUCCAGAUCCUGCAGGAUCAGGCACUGGAUGAGGAAGAGCAGGUUGAGAAAGUGGAGGACUUUUUGCGCGCGAACACAUCCUUGUCGGGAUCACCCUUGGAGAAUGCAGUACUGGACAUCCUUUGGCGCCAUCGCAACCGCAAUAUACCAGAUGCAUCGCCUCCAGUUCGUCAUACUGUGAUUCGCCGCUCAUCGCCCGCACCAUGGCAGAUGGCUCGUUCAUCUACACCGCUAUCCCCGCAUUCGACUUUGGGAACGAGUCCCGGGAGCACCUCGUGGAUGCAGAGCUCGCGCGGGCCUUUCACGCGGCCCCCGCUAUCCUCAACUGUAUCUCCGUUUACGUCCCCACGUCCAUCACCUCGACUUGCCCUUGCGCAGCCUAUUCCUCAUUCCCCAAAUCUCAACGCCUACGAGUUUUCAGAUCAGAGCCAGCUCUCUGACUUCUACGGAGACCUUGGUGGUGAUAACAACGUCGACUGGUUGGUCGCAGAUGAUGCCAACAGCACAACGUCAUCCGCCGGCGGCCUCAGCACCCCCGGAGCACUCAGCGCCACUGCGGUUGAAUUCGUUCCAGACAUGAGCCCGCAUGAUAUCUUACGCACGGUGCUAGGCGACAAACGGUCAAACGAUGAAAUAGAAGCCGCCCUGGAGGCCAACAGUUACGAUCUCGGCGCGACUAUUGCUUCCCUCUCGCAGGAUAUAGAAUCAGAGGCAAUCGCAAAACAAAACGACGACGGCCGUGUUCUGGUUGGCAAGUCCAUGACAAUGGAGCAAGUACGUCCGAUCACACCAUCCGGCAACGGCCGUAGCCCUGUAGUCUGCAAGUACUGGCUGUCUACUGGACAGUGCCUUCGAGCGGACUGCCGGUUUAGUCAUGACCUAACCACGCAUCUAUGCAAAUAUUGGGUAAUGGGAAAUUGCCUAGCUGGAGAUGGCUGUCCUUUUUCGCAUGACCCUUCAGCUCUCAUCGGCAAUCUCAAUGUUACGGAUAGUAGCCGGCCAGCUUCGCCUUCGCCAUUCCAGAUGGACAGCGGCUCCGAUGCGUUCCCACCGCUGCAAUCAGCAGACAGUGGUGAUCAAUGGGCAACUCAGUACUCCGGCCGAUAUCCCGGCCAUCUCUCCGCUUAUCAAGCCAACAAGUAUGCACCCCCUGGCUUGCAUCCUGGAAUGAGUAAGCGGAAUGGAAGUGCUACACACCUUGGACGACCCAACUCUCGCCCGUCCAGCCGUCACCAACACCGGGAGUUGAAUCCUGCUGCGCCGUCUGUGGACGAUCCAGACGCUUUCCCGACUCUUGCCGCGGUCAAUGCCAAGAAUGCUGCAAAGAAGCAUGGAAAGCGGGGCGGUCAUAACAACCGCGAAACAAGCCUGAGCAAAGAAAGUAUUCCUUCAUCUCUAGCUGAUGUGGUUCGGAUGACUCCGUCCCCUGCUCCAUCUAAAACUAAACCCGGCUCCAAAAACAAGGACCUUAAGGGACGGGAGAAUAGCGCGGCCGCUCAGUCAAUCCCAGCCCCGCAAAAUAUUCCCUGGCUGGAAACUGGCACGCGAGCCAAUCAACAGUACAUAAAGUACCGCACAGAGGCUAUUCGUCAUGGCACUGUGCGUAACAAGUUCCUGCAGAGCGCUGCCCAAGCAUGGAACCGCAACGAUGCACGAGCUGCCAAAGCAUUGUCAUUACGUGGCCAAGCCGAGAACGAUGCGAUGCGUAGGUGUCAUCGGGAGGCUGCACGCCAGCUCUACGAAGAACGCAACCAACAUCUUUCCCGUAAGGGGCUAGACGAAUCGUCCGAGGAGCUUUACGUUGAUUUGCAUGGUCUCCAUCCAGAAGAGGCCAUUGAAUAUCUCGAGAAGAUCUUGCUCAAGCAUGCUAAAGAGGGUCUCCGGGUAGUAUAUGCUAUUACCGGCACUGGUCAUCACUCGAAGAAUGGCAAAGAUAAGAUCGGCAAGGCCAUCAAGGCAUGGUUGAAUGAGUGGCGGUACUUGUUCCGGGAGUUCAGUGUGCCUGGCGAACGAGGCGGCUAUGUCGGAGGCAUUCUCGGCAUCGAUCCCACAAGUUAUGAUAAGUCGAUUGCGAAGGAGCUGGCAAGUGAUCUGACGGAGGCCAACGCUGGCGGAGAGCCCCCGUCCUGA